CCUCAUGGCACACCUCCGCACUGCCGCUGCCCCCACGGCGCGCAGGUGUCUUAGUCGGAGCUUUGCGCCUUCUCCGCGCGCUUCCUUCGUCCCCAGUGGCAUCCGCUGCCUGUCCGCGACUGCACCCCGCCGCAGCGCGUUCGCAGUCAACGACCUGACGCAGGUCUUCCACGAUGUCGCGCCUUUGCGCAAGUUCCGGCGCGAUCUGUUUCUCAACAACCGCACAGUGGGCCUCGUCCCUACCAUGGGUGCGCUGCAUGAGGGCCAUAUCUCGUUGGUCAGGAAGGCAGCAGAAGAGAACACAGACGUGUGGGUCACCAUCUACGUGAACCCCACCCAGUUUGGUCUGAACGAGGACCUGGCCUCUUACCCGAAGACGUGGGAGACGGACAUGGAAAUGCUGCGGGACCUGGAUAGAGGACUGGCGAGAGAGGGCAAGGGCCGAGUCUCCGCUGUCUUCGCCCCGAGCACCACCACCAUGUACCCCACAUCCCCGCCAGACAGCAGCAUCCCGGGUGUGGGAAGCUUCAUCGAGAUGCGACCACUCGGACAGCUACUCGAGGGUGCCUCAAGACCGGUCUUCUUCCGAGGUGUAGCGACGGUGUGCAUGAAGCUGUUCAAUAUCUGCACGCCAGAUAGCGUGUAUUUUGGCCAGAAGGACGCCCAGCAAACGGUCGUGAUCAAAAAGUUGGUCAAGGACUUCCACCUGAACACAAAAGUCCGCAUCUGCGAUACCUCGCGGGAGCCAGACGGUCUGGCGCUGUCGUCGCGUAAUGUGUAUCUCGGUGCCCGCCGACGCAGGACAGGUAUCGUACUGAACCAAGCAUUGCGCAAGGCAGAGGCGCAAUACAAAGCUGGCAAGCGGCUGCGCGGCGAUAUUCUCUGGCCUGCAGUGGACCAUGGAGACCGAGUCCAGCAUGAGCAAGAGAACCUGCAGCCAAGCAAGCGAGCACUGUUCCAGGUUGACUAUAUCAGUCUCGCAGAUCCAGACACAAUGGAAGAAGUUGAGAAGGUCGAUGAGACAAAGGGUGCAAUCUUGAGUGGUGCAGUAAAGAUGAUGCCCGUGGAAGAACCUCAGGAGGGCGAAGAGCUGGGUCUUGGGAGUGGCCAGGUUGCGGUUCGACUGAUCGACAACAUCGUUCUGCAGCCCACAAGAUGA